UCUUCAAGGCAAUGGCACUAUACGGCACAUAAAAAAAUAAAAAUAAAUUAGAAGUAGUGAGAAGGAAUUUAUUUUACAUUGCAGUCUUCUUAUGGUUGAAUAGCUUACACAAUCAGCUCCACAUAAUUCUAUACCAAUAUCCAUUACAAUGAAAUUCGUGUUAGUAUUUGUAAUUGGUUGUAUAAUGCUUAAUUUAAUUGAAUGCAACCCAGUAGAGUUAGUAUCUUUAACAAAUAAAAGAGAUGACUCUGGUCAAUUCUUAUCACGUUAUAAAUUGGAUGAUGGUACUGGAGAAGAGAAGAUGGGUAAACUACAAUCAAAUAAAAAUGGAGAAGAUGCUAUUCUCGUUCAACGGGGUUCAUAUACUACAAAUGUCGAUGGAAGACUUAUAACAUACAAUUGGAUAGCUGACACAAGAGGUUUCAGGAUAUCAAAAGCAUAAAAUACAAUAAAUACAAUUUUAUAAAUUUUUAAUACAGUAUUAAUUAUACUAUAAUUAACUUAAAAUUAAAAUUAUUACUAUUAAAAUUACCUAAUCAUCUAUUUUGAAUAAAAAAUAUUAACUGUUUUUUCA